AUGGAUUUAUCAAGAAAAAAACCUCGUAUAGAAGAAGAUAAACAAGAUUAUAUAUUUUUUGGUACUAGUAUUGUAGGAAGUGAGGGUAUAGAAGAAGGAAAAUACGAGCCCAUCUGGAAACAAGAAGUUCGGGAUGAACGAGGAAGAAGGAGACUUCAUGGUGCAUUUACUGGUGGUUUUAGUGCAGGAUACUAUAAUACAGUUGGAUCAAAAGAGGGAUGGACACCACAGUCGUUUAGAUCUUCACGUAAAGAAAGAGCUGUAUUGAAAGUAGGCCGAGUUGAAGAUUAUAUGGAUUCAGAAGAUUUUGCAGAAAGAGAAGAAGAAAGACGUCUUAAAACAAGAGAUGAUUUUAUUGGGAUUGGAAGUGAAAAUAUAAAUCAAGAAAUAAAAAGAAGUAUAUUAGAUGAUUUAAUUAUAAAAAAAGAAUCAAUUGGUGUUCGUUUGCUGAAAAAAAUGGGUUGGAAAGAAGGACAAGGUGUUGGUCCUCUUAUAAAAAAAACAAAAGUCCAAGGAGAUGAUGGAGAAGUAGAGGAUGAAUAUGCAUCAAAAUUUCUUUUUGCAUGUAAAGAUUUUGUACUGGAACCUUUAAAGAAUAAAACGGACCUUUAUGGCUUAGGAUAUGUCCCUUCUCCAGGAAUUGAACGUCCACAGAAUAUUAAAAAUACCUCCACUCCUAAAUUUGGUAUUUCAGGAAUAAGUUUUGGAUAUGGAGUAUUAAAUGAAGAUGACAAUGAAUAUGAUCAUGAAGUUUACGACUUUGGGCCCUCAAAAAUUAAAUAUGAUACCGUAUUAGAUCACGAAGAAAAAAGUACAUCUACUAGUACGAAAUUUAAACCUGUUACAAAACAUUUGUUUGUUCCUCGAAAAAAAAAUAGCACUAGCGUUGAAGUAAAGCGUUGCCAAGAUGGAACAUUACCUUUAAACGGAUUCAUAAUUGCUGAAGUUUAUCGUCUGGAGAAAAAAACAUGGUUUGAACCACCAGUAGUUCCGCCUGAUUAUGUUCCUUCUGCUCCUCAUUCUAAAAAAACAAAAACUUUUGGAGGAGCUUUACAGCCUAGGGAUAGGGGUGCUAUACUUGGCGAAACACCUCUUCUUGGAAAAUCAGUAUUUGAUUUCCUUUCUCCGUCUGCUCGAGAACGUGUAGUUCAAGCAACAGGAAAAACGGAUCUUCCACCCGCACGAAAUGAAGGGUCGAUUCUAUGUAGUACAUUAAAGGCUGAUUCUCCACUAAUAGACAAGAAAACAGCUCUUGAUGCUUUAAAUAAUAAAUUUAUGCCUUAUGAGGAUAAUGAGGAAAAAAGAAAAAGAUAUAUUAUAUUUCUUCAAGAACAUGCUGGCAUUAUCCAGCGUGGUUCAUAUGAAAAUAUAGCUGCAUCUCGUGACUAUCAAAAAGAAGUAGAUGAGUUUGUUAAGUCAGCGCGUAUUUUCAAACCAAUGACUGGUAUGAUGAAAAGUAGAUUUACAACAUCAUCAACAUCUUCUCCUGUCUCAGUUGUUGAUAAUUCUUUAGAGGGUGGAAUUAUAGAUCUUCCUAUAAAAGAGGUUAAUGCAGCAGAAGAAGCUGCAAAAAUGAACAUGUUUGGAAGCCUUACGCGAAUAAUUAUCCCAUUCUAUCCUGCACGAUUAUUAUGUAAACGAUUUAAUGUUCGAAAUCCAUAUCCAGACAAGCCAACUACAUCUGAUAUUAAUGAUAAACCAAAAAAUGAAUUAGUAGAUAAGUCUAUUAUUGAAGGAAUUAUGCGGGAAGUUAAAGGGGAUCAAACAUAUGUUCUUCCAGAAAAAAGACAGGAGAACUUAAAUAUAGAUGACACAACGAACGAAGCAUUAGAAAAGGAAAGACCUAAUAUGGAUGUAUUUACAUCAAUUUUUGGAGAUGAUGAUGAUUUAUAA